AUGGCCUCCCCAAACCAAUCGCAAAACGCCGCCCCAUCAACCCAACCUCUCACACCCCCGGCCGAACCCUCCAACACCACCACCAACGCCUCCUCCCAACAACAGCCCGCAACCGGAUCCACCACCACCGCACCAGUCGCACAACCCACACAAGUCCCCUCCACCUCCUUAAAAGACAGCGGCAAGUCCCGUCGCCCCCGAGAUGUCCGUCUCAUCCACAUGCUCCUCGCCUCCUUAGGCGUCACCGCGUACCAGGAACGAGUGCCCCUUCAGCUCCUUGACUUCGCCUACCGCUACACCUCCGGCGUCCUGCAGGACGCGGUCCACCUCGCGACGGAGGGCUAUGCCGGCGCCAUGGGCGAGCAGGCCGGCUCGUCGAGGGGUCCGCCGGAGGUGAAUACCGUCAGCUUGCCGGCGUUGCGGCUUAGUAUUGCCUCGCGGUUGCAUUAUCAGUUUCAGACGGGGUUGCCGAAGGAGUUUCUUAUGGAUGUUGCGGCGGAGAGAAAUCGCGUUGCUCUGCCGGGUGCUACGAGGGGGUAUGAUCAGGGUCAGGCGAAGCCGACGGCGAAUCAGAGUGUUCUUAUGGGUGGUAUGAGGUUGCCGCCGGAGAGGUUCUGUUUGACGGGUGUUGGGUGGAACAUGAAGGAUGAGUGGGAGAGUGAAGGGGAGGAGGAGGUGGAGGAAGAGGAGCCGAAGGAGACUAAUCAUGCUGGUGCGGGUGGUGAGGAGGAGGGAGAUGGUGGUGAGGACGAUGAAGAUGGGAAGAUGGAGGAUAUCUUCGGGGAGGAUGCGGUUAUGGGGGAUGGAGAUGAUGAUGGAGACAAAGACAUGACGGAUGUUUAA